UGCAGCGCAGCCCGGGUGAUGUUAUGAAACGCACCCUGAGAGGAGACGGUCUGCGGGCUAGCUCCGGUAUCAGGUCUCUUUCACCGUUUUUCUCUCUCCGGUGAUGAUGUCAUACAAUAACGUUACACAGAUGACGUCAAAAUCAUCCCCAGCUAACGGAAUACGCGGUCUGUGUUUGGCGGGAAACUGCUCUGCGUGUGUUUGUUGUUUAGCUUAGCCACAGAAGCUAACUAGCAGGCUGCUGAGAGUUAGCAUCGAGGGCUAACCGAGUACAGAACCGGACCCCCUUUGACCCGGACCCCCUCUGAACCGGACCGCCUCCCAGGAUGGACGGAGAGGAGCUGCUGUAGGAGACCCGGACCCGGUAGACCUGCAGGAUGCGCUAAGGGAGGCAGCUAGCAUCAGGCCUGAACACCAGCACACUCCCUCCCCUCCUCGUUUCCUUCCUUUCUUCCCUCCUUCCUCCCUUCCUGUCCCCUGGACUACAGACCCUUCAGUGGUCACAAUGGAGUCAGCCCUGAACCCGCUGCCUCAGUUCACAGAGAACUCCUACAAGAUGACCGAGGAGGACGUGAAGAGGCUGAUCGAGUUCAGGGCGUCGAACGAGGCUCUGUUCACCGGGAAGAGGAACUCUGCGAAGAUCGCGUGGAGCACCAUCCUGAAGGGUCUGGGUCUCGAGGGGAAGCUGACUGCCGAUCAGAUCGCCAAGAAGUGGGACAACCUGCGGACGAAGUACAAGGACCUGAAGCAGCCCUACCAGGGCCAAGACCACAUCGGGGGGGUGGUGGAGUCGUGGCCCUGGUUCCAUAUCAUGGAUGAAGCCAUGCAGGGCCGCCUCUACAACAGCAACCUGGUGCUCUGCCCGGAGAACGCCAACAACGGCGCCCACCGCUAUAACAACCAGCAGAACCAGAACCAGGAGAACACCGACAUCCUGGAGUUCCUCAUCAAAACCGAGAUGGAGGACACGGUGGCCGCAGAGGCCGCCGAGGACGACGGGACGGGUCACUCGGAGGCUACGCCCGCUGAAGGGGUCCCGAUGGGCUGGAGGAGGAUGAGCGAGUGCUCCUAUAAAAUGUCUGAACCAGAAGCGGAGCGAAUGAUCAAACUGCGAGCUGCAAACGAAGCUCUCUUCACCGGCAGGAAACACUCAGCCAAACCGGCCUGGAGGUGA